UUCCAUUACAGUUGUUCAUUAAAGCUUUUCAUCUUUAAUUACAGAAUUUUUAAGCGAAGUAGACAAAAGAUUUGGUCUCAUGCCUUUUACAUUAAGGUUGUCAGAGGAUGAGAAGAAAGCCAAGAUGGGAGUUGUGGAAUGUGUUAAGCAUGAACUAAUGCAGCCGUUUGCUGUACUUUAUGAGAGAGAUGGUGAAUAUGUUGCCCAGUUCAAAUACACAAUGGUACUGAUGCCCAAUGGUCCCCUCAAGUUGACGGGGAUGCCAUUUGACAGUGACUUAUACCAGACAGACAAAACCGUGGAGGAUGAAGAACUCAAGGCACUCCUUGCCCAGUCAGCAUCACGGAAGGCAGCUAAGAAGAAGAAGAAAAAGGCAGGAAAGUCUAUGGCCCAGAAUGCUGCCCCCGAGGAAGAUUAAGUUAUGUUAAAAUCAUGAAAAGACAUGAUUUGUAAGUGUUUACUAAAACAUGGUGGAACUUUUCUGGACUUUGCAUUGGUUAAGUUAGAUGCACGUGGCACCAUGGACAGUGUGAUAAUGAUAGAGACUUUGAUAUUGGAAUCUGGAAUGAUGGUCUCUACCUCCAGCAGGAAUACCCCUGGCUGCAAUGUGCUGUAAGGCAGCUGAUCUCAGGCUCUGGUACCGUGGUGGCUCACUGUACAGUCUCCUGUAAGCCUUGCUUCUAUGCACAGGAGAUUUAGAGAAAAAUGCAGCUCGGAUAUAAAUAUGCAUUUCAGCAGGUAUAAAAGAUAUUUUGAGGUUAUUAUAAAAUAACUCUUCUGGUUCACUUUUUUUAAUUAUUAAAGAAUUUCCCUUUUACACUGAACAAUCGUGUUUCUAGUUUUUAAUACAGCAUAAAUAUCAGUUUGGCUUAAUGAUUAUAUCUUAAUGAUUAUAUCAGGCGUCGAAAAUAAUAUAGUGACAAAUUUAAAUACGAAUUUAGAGUAAAAUGAUGUAUAAGAUUUUGUUGAAUAUCUUAAUACGUGUACAUUGAUUUAGAACACACACUUGCUGUGUUUUUGCUUCAUACUAUAAUGUACAGGAUAUCUUUGGUGCAAAUCGCAUUGGUGUUGGGUGAAGGUUAAUUAUUGCAGAGCAGAAAAGUCGUUUUAGGCUACAUAGUGGCAAAAGAUGUUGGUUCAAUAUUUGCUUGGUGUUUAUUUAAAACACUGAAUCAGGAAAGGCUGCAAUUCUUAAUCGGCUUCAAAUGAUAUUUUUUUUCUAUCCUGGCACAUUAGUACUAUUAAAAUCACCUGUUGAUUAAAGAUGAUACCUAGUAAACCUGAAAUGACUGUAGUGAACGUUUUGAUCUGUAUUAAGAAAUCUUCAUCGACUGCGAGAUAAUGAAUUGUAACAUCAUUUACUAUUGAUUGAAACUGUUUCACUGCAUAGUCCAAUUUUUGUUUAAUGAUGGACCAUAUUUAUUUUUUAUAUACAUCUAUUUCAUCUAUGGUGGAUCAAUCCAAUUUAGUUCAUUUUAUUUCUUGCACAUAUACGUUUUGUCUGUUCAAAAUAUUCUUUACAAGACCACGGGUUUCUAUACAUUUAGUGAGCUGAAGAAAAAGCGACUUUGUAUGUACAAUGUUAGUGUUCUAAUCCUUAAGUCUUUUGACUGAAAUCAUGUCUUUAGUCUGUAUUGGAUUAACCAAAUCUUAAUGCACAGGUGUGUUCACAGUUAACAUUUCAUUUCAGUAUUUUAACAAAUUACAAUUAAAUGGGGGGGAAAUUUCUGAUCAUGUCAAUGAAAAGGUACUUUACUGUUGAGCAUUUGAUGUUAUAAACCGACUAUUUGAUUAUAACAAGUUUUUGAUAUUCACACUUAAACCUAGAUCAGUAUAGUAGUGUAUUAAAAGUGAGGGUUGUUGAUUCACCCAGGUGGAAAAGAUGAAUAAAACAAGUGCUAUCAUUGAU